AUGACUUCCACCUUAAUCUCGUCGAUUCUUUCUUCUUAUAUCUCCCCUACUGAAAAUCUCGGCCGGGUUCGAAUCCCGUCGACUUCAUAUUUCGGAAGCAGCAGCAAUGUCCGCGCAGGGAAACGACACCGUUUUAAAAUAGUCGCAAAAUCACUCGAUCUUCCUCUUCUUCCUUUCAGCAUGAGCGAGGUUCUUGUCCCGACAGAGAGCAAAACAUUGCAUUUGUACGAAGCAAGGUACUUGGCUUUACUUGAUGAGUCGAUGAAAAGAAAGAAGAACAUGUUUGUUCAUUUCAUUCUCGAUCCUAUUUCGAUUAGCGAGAAAGCAACAGAAGCAUCUUUUGCUGCUAGAUACGGCUGCUUGGUUCUCAUUGAAAACAUUGAGAGAUUAGACAUUGGAGCACUUGUGUCGAUAAGAGGCGCUGGUCGCGUCAAGAUUUCAAGAUUCUUAGGGGCAGAUCCUUAUUUAUCAGGUGAGGUCAGGCCGAUACAAGAUCGUUUGAGCUAUGAGAGCAGCAAUGAAAUAACCACACGAAUCUCUCAGCUGAAGGAAUCAAUCAAGAAUCUCAAUAGCUUGGAGAUCAAACUUAAGGCUCCAGAAGACUCGCCGCUACAAACUCGUCUCUUUAACUCCCUGAAUUGGGCUGAAGAUGAGCCACCGGUAGAAUGUGACGAAUCUUUCUUUCCUUCCCUUCAAGAACGUCUAUCAUUCGUCGCGUUUCAACCGGUUUCCGGAUCGACGCAGUCGGAAGUGUCAAGGUUACAACAAGAGAAACUAAAGGCAAUGGAUAUGAAAGAUACAGUAGAGAGGUUAGAACUCUCAAUGGGACUCAUCAAAGAGAACAUUUCCUCAAUUGCAGCCAAACUCGCAAUUCAGUCUUUGGAUAUACGUUAG